UUGGUUUUGACGAUGAAAUGAGAGCGUUGGUUGCAACAAAUCUCGAAGGAAGAGGCAUUAUUUUGCACCCACAAACAAAUUUGACAAAGUUGGUUAAAACAGAGGAUGGUAUUAAAGUUACUAAAGAUCAUGGUGAAGAGCUAAUGGCAGAUGUUGUACUUUUCGCCACUGGACGGGUCCCUAAUACAAAGAGAUUAAAUUUGCAAGCUGUGGGUGUUGAAGUUGACAAAAUAGGAGCAGUGAAGGUUGAGGAAUAUUCUCGAACCAGUAUUUGGGCCAUAGGUGAUGUUACAAACCGGAUGAAUCUUACUCCUGUUGCGUUGAUGGAAGGAUCUAUGUUUGCUGUGGCUGUUUAUUCUGGAAAUGUGUUGGCACUUCAUAUGUCAAAGCCACAAGGGUUCAAAUACAGGAGUGGUCAAUACAUGUUUGUUAACUGUGGCGGUGUCCCCCCAUUUGAAUGGCACCUAUUUUCCAUUACGUCUGCCCCGGGUGAUGAUUACCUGAGUGUACAUAUCCGGACUCUCGGUAAAGUUAUCCAAAGGACUUCUUAA